AUGAAAUACUCGCAGUUUCGGUUGAUACAUAAAAAAGAAGCAAAUGAAGAUGAUGUGGAAUGGGCUUUCUGGAAUAAGUGGGUGCCACCAAAAGUCAACUUAUUUGUGUGGAGAGAUGCAAAAAAUCGCAUCCCGGCUAAAUAUGAAUUGGUACGAAGAGGGGUAGCUUUAGAAAAUGAAACGUGCUCGAGGUGUGGUGCAGAGGAGGAAUCAGUAGAACACUUGCUGUUUAAAUGCGUAAUAGCUCGUGCAACAUGGUGGGAUAUUAUGGUAUGGCUAAAAUUAAUGGAUCAACAAGAACUAACAACUGUGAAGAUACUUUUCGACGAGUGGAAGCAUUCAAAGGUUCGUUGGAAUUCGCGUGAAUUUAAUGAUUGCAAUUUGUCGGUAUCAAACACGGUGGAAGAAAUAAAGGAAAUCUCGUUUAUGUGGAUUAAAGAAAGAGCAAAGAUAGAAGAUCUAGUUUGGGAGAGAUGGAAAGAUUUUAAUGUUAGAGAUGUCAUAAAAUAA